GAUAAAGUCUAGUUCAGUCUAGUUUUUGAUGAAUUGUGUAAUGAAUACUUGCAAAAUCGUCAAAAUCAUAAAACCCGCAGUGCGAUAAUUUGCUUGGUUCAUCGUAGAUAUUAAUAACGGUAGUCAGACAACCUAUAAUGUCUCUAGAACAAACUGCCUGUGAUGAUUUGAAGGCAUUUGAGCGCCGCCUUACAGAAGUAAUAGGAUGUCUCCAACCAGCAACUAUGAGAUGGAGAAUUCUACUAGCUGUGGUGUCAGUAUGUACUGCUAUGGCAGCGUGGCACUGGCUAUCUGACCCUCUGACACCUGUUGUCUCUCUCACACAGUCCCUGUGGAACCAUCCAUUCUUUGCAUUCACUUCUACUCUACUUGUAUUAUUAUUUAUGAUGGGUGUGCAUAGAAAAGUGAUAGCACCAAGCAUAAUCACAGCUAGGACUCGGUCUGUACUGAAUGACUUCAAUAUGUCAUGCGAUGAAACUGGAAAACUCAUUUUGAAGCCAAGACCAGCCAAUAAUUGAGGACUUGUUAUAGUGGUUAUUGAUUUGUUAUUUUGUGAAUAUUACUUAAGAAUAAAUAAAUAGUAAGUACUGAG